AUUAGGCCACUGCGUCCCCUGCCCCUUCCUAUCCCAUUCCAAUGCCACUUGCCUGACCAACCCCCCCGUUCAUUCCAAUUCCCACCACAACCACCGCAUUUCCUGCUCUUCACUCCGACAACAGACUCAGUUUCUCCCUACAACAACAUCAACACAAACACAAACAGACAAACACCAAAUCAUUUGCAUUCUUGACUUUUUUUAAUAGUCGCAUCGCAACCUCUUCAUCUCUCAUCGACUCGAUCCUCACCUCCCCAUCUCGCGCGCGCACUUACCAAGCAUCGUCAAAAAAUUGCCCGCCAUACUUUUGCGCCUAGCCGCGUCGCCUAUCCCAGUCGCAAUCGCACCACACGCCAACCACCGCUUCGCCCUUCGCCCUUUGCACCAAACAAACAACAAUAGUCGCUGCGGCCAUACUUUGCAUCUUUAUUAUUUAACACCAAAUAAUCGAAACUCGCUACUAUGCUUCUCCCGUCCGCGCUGCCCUGCGAUGCGUCGCACUCAACCCACUCUCGACUGCAACCUUCUCUUUUCUCGCCUCCUGCCAGCCCUCCGGCUUUCUCGUCGCACGCAUCUUUCGCCAAUAUCAUGACCACCUGUCGCUCGCUCCAAUCACUACUAUCAACACCUGCGCCUAUUAUCACCAAUCCUCGCCCGACUCCUUCGCUCGCUCAAUUACCAACUCCACCGCUCGCCCAUGCAGCACCUCCUCUGAAGCUGCGCCUCCGUCCACGCCCACAACGCCGCGAGCCAGUCGGUCCCAAGAAGGUAACCAAGCGUGCGGCACCGCGUGCUCUUAACAAGAGGCGCCGUGCUGCCGACGAGGAGGCGGAACGCUAUUCAUCAGCAAGCGAGUCUGGCAGCGAGUCACCAUCGCGCCGCCCAAUCAAGCAAGUCGCGCCCUCAACGCCAAAGCGCACGCGCAUCGCCCCCGAGCAGCUGCCUCUCGGUCUCGACCGUUCCGACUUCCACAACAUGCAUCUUCGACAAGGCGGACAUCUUCUCGGAGAGGAAGAUUCCUCCGAUGAAGAGGACUGGAGCGCCGAGGACGAUCGUAUCCUCAUCGAAAUCGUGCUAGAGAAGCUUAGAUUGUCAAAGGCAGAAUGGCAAGACUGCGCCCGAAAUCUCGGCCGCGAUCGUCAUGCUGUCGACCGCCGCUGGAAGACGCUGUUGCUCAAUGGUGACAUCGGUCUCAAGUCACGACCAGGACAUUAAGCAACCUCAAUUGGAUCUACCAGAAUAUUUUCUCGUACAUGAUUUUAUACAUUUGAUCUUUAGCGCAAGUCUCGGCCGAGCAUCAUCGGUAGCGAGCACAAAGAAAAGAGGCCUACAGGACAUAACAUGGGCAAUGGGCUGCCCUUGGAGUUAGAUAUUUUCUUUCACGUUUUGUAAUGAUAUCCCCACGCGUAAAUGCGUGCGUCUAUUAAGUUUCACAUUUGCUUUCUUUUUUUAAUUAUUUUUUUUUAGGUCAAGAAUCGGAAUUUGGUGCUAGAUAUAUCAAGAAUCUGCAAUGGAACGCCAAAAGUUCCACAUUUCACUUAA